CACUAGCUCAUCAACACAAAUCAAUUGUCAUUACUUCCCAACCAUCGACCUAUCUGACGGUACUGUUCGGAUUUUCCACCCCGAAACAUACACUAUCCUAAUGGAUUCCUAUGUUAAAGAUGGCCAAGUGCAUUUCAACAACGGGACUAGUUUUCGACUCGGUGAGAAUUUUGUAAAGGUUGACGAUGAUGCAGUUCAAAGAACUGUCAUUGUUGACUUGGGCAGUGGGGAUGUGGAGUUUCGAGACCUCUUAGGCGGAAAGAGUUCAUUUUAUGCAAAUGUAACAAGCGGUUUGCGGUUGGGUCACAAUAUACCUAGAGUCGUGCCACUUCUUGUUUGGAAGAAUGCUUCUGCAAUGAUUGACACCUGGAGUGGUAAAUGGACAGUAAAAUUCCCGGGCGGCAACGAUUUUAGAGAAGUUCAGAAAAUUGAAAAUGGAACAAUCCACUUGCUCUCAGGUGAAAAUGUGGCAAUUUUACUGAAGAUUAGGAAUCCAAAAUAUGCGCUUACACUUGAGCCACAUUGGGGAACUAUAAGUGUAUACAGGAAGUCAAACGGCCAUCUCUAUGGGCGGGUAAGCUAUGAUCCCCGCCUUAAGUCUACUAAUGCUCGAGAAGGAAAUUCAAUAACCAGCAAGAUCGAGGAUUCAACAAGGCCUCCCAUUGCAAAUCUGGAUGUCAUUGUGUCAACACAAUCUCCAGAAAGGGAUACCAGUGUUUGUAAAUACAUUGCUGCAAUUGACCUAACAAUUGGAACAAUUUAUCUCUAUGAUCCAAAGCAAAGGAAAAUUCUUAGUGAUUCAGAGAUUCGAGACGGCACUGCUUAUUUCAAAAAUGGAUCUAGUUUCAAGACUUGCCAUACAUUUGGUGCAUUUGAUGAUCCUGAAGCUACAAUUUCCAUUGUGAAUUUAACAACAGGGGAUUCAUUUCUUAUGAACAGAGAUAAUGGCACAGUCAUCUACAAAUCGAAUGUUUUCAGGGGAUUUCCCCAAAAAAUCAAUUCAACUCGAUCGAUUAUUGCUUGGAAUAACAUCAAGGUUCAUAUUGACACACAAAGUGGUGACUGGAUUGUUCAAGAUCCUGAAAACGGACAACUUAGAAAUGCAAAAGAGAUCAUCGAUAGCAAGAUUAUUAUGCCAGAUGAGAAAAUUAUUCCCAUACCACUCAAGCUAACUAACAAAAAUUUCUUAUUAAUUUUGGAGCCUCUUUAUGGGUCUAUUGGGGUUUAUAGAAAGACAACUGGUGAAUUGUAUGGUAGAAUUUUGUAUAAUCACGGAGACAAAAGAGAGCUUUACAAAUCAAAUACUCCUAAUAACGUUCAAAGUACUACAGCUGUUGUUCCUUUACAGGGAACUGAAGAUUUUACUGAGGCUACACUGUUAGUUAAUCCAAAAACGACACUGAAGGAGAAAAUAACAACCGAAGAUGAUGUAGCUGAAAUACUGAAAGAACAAAACCUAGGAUCCUCUAGUGACGGGUUCCAGAAUGGGAAAAGUUCUAGUGAAAUCGAAAUCGCAACAGAAAUCGAAACCACUCAAGACUCAGGAGGAAUUGGUGAAAUGGGGGUUUUCAACUUAUCGACUGAGUCAAGCAGCAGUGAGAAGCCUACUACCUCCUCAACUUUACAACCAUUCAUUACUGGUAGUAGCUCCAGUAGCAAUGUAAAUAAAGUUAUUAAAAAUAUAGUUUCUGAAGUUGAGGAGAAAACGUUACCCCCUUUAGAUAAAUAUGAAAGGAGUUCCAUCGAAUAUGAAGAAACUACUGAAGAAGCGAAACAAGCAGCAAUGGAGGAAAUUGAUGAAACCGAGGCUACUAACAUAGAAGCAAUAGGUGGAUAUAUGGAAAGUAGUACUGGAGAGAUUGAAAUAUCUUUUUCAGACUCAAAUUUUGAAAACGCCCAGACUGCUGUUGUGGAAGUGAUUAAAAAGCAUACAGAAAUUGAUUCAACUUUCACAUCGAUCCAAGACGGCGACGGCGGAAGGGUUGUGACUGAGGAGCAAACUCAAUCGACUGAGGUUGUAAGUGACUGGGAUAUAGCCUCUUCUGUUGAUGGGACUACAGAGAUGUCGCAAGGAAAGCAGGACACUAAUAAAGAGGAAAUUUUACCUGAAGAAAUAGUUCUGGUAUCUAAAGCUUUGGUAACGGGAACAGAUGUUCUUUUUUCUGAUGUGACUCAGCAUGUCCAUAUUAGUGAAGUGACGGAUUCUUCAAACGCUUCUUCUGAUACGAUUUCAUAUAUAAUGUCUGAUAAUAUUAGUCAACUACCAUCAACUGAAAUCCAAAGAACUCGUGAUGGAAAUAUUAACAAUAGUAGUGAUGCGGUAAUAUCCUCCUUCGAACCAGUAAACGAACACACAAAUGUGCUGAAAACGCCACUAGAUCGAACCACAACUCAAUCUGAAAAUACUGAAAGAAUUAACACCAUUGAAAUAACUGAAGGUGAUUCAAUGAGUUCUCAACAGAAAAUGCCUCCUGUUUUACAAGAUCAGACUCCUACUGGAACAUCAGAUACUACUGAAUUCAGAACAACAGUUGGUCUUGAAAAUGGAGAACAAUCGACUAUUGGAGCAACUACAAUCUCUGAAAUUGAAUUUAAAACAGCAAAGUUAGAAACAGAUAUAAUUACAGAAUUCGAACAGGAGACUAAAUUAUUUACUCUCAUUGGACUGAGCUUAACUAAUGACUCAACUACCGAAGGGAGUCCACUUGAGCCAAUAACUAUUGCCGACUCAACGAUUUACGGUCUUGAAAACCAUGAAACUGCGCCCAUGAAAGAUAAAAAUGCCAAUUUAAUAGAUGAAAAUUCAAAUACUGAUGCGAAUGUAAUCGUAUCAGAAAGUUCAACUCCUGAGAUAGAGUCUACCAAUGUAUCUAUGUAUACCCAUUCACUAGAUGAACAGUCAUUGGAAAUAAGGAGUGAACAAAUAGGCUCAGAGCGUUCAAACGAAGAAGCUGGAAAUAAAUCAAAACAGUCCGAGGGAACAAACUUUGUUAGCAUGUCUACUGAAAACUUCUCAGCUACUUCAAUUCAAACUGGUUAUGUAAACGAGUUCGCCAAUAAUGAAUCAAAAGUUGUUAGAGAGAAUGAUGCUGAGAUUUCAUCAAACACAGCUGAAGUUACAACAGAUACCCAUUUAAAGACUUCAAGCAAUGAGGAGCCAAUAAUUCACCUUACUGCAACGGCUUCCACUAGUAACAUAAGUAGAGAAAGAAAUACAUCUGUACCAACUGCAACCAGUACGGCAUCGUCUAUAUUCAUUUCCGAUGAAAAGGAAUCCGAUUCGACAUCCACAGCAGAUUUCGAUACAACGAAAAUUAGGAAAUAUGAAGAAUCUGAAAUCCCGACAUCCGAAAAUGAAGAAAUUACUGGAAUAAAAACUAGUGAACUUAAUUAUAGUUCUGGUGUAAACGAUAACAAUACUUCUGAAUCUGGUGCAUCUGAAUCAGGAAGUGAGGGUCAGGACUCAAGUGUAGAAUAUACAACAUCAGAUGCAUCUAUUAAGCAUGGUUCGGGUUAUAUAAAAUCAAUCGAUGUAACCGAGGAGGAAAUCCAAAUGGGCUUGACUAAUGACUUUGAUCACUUGAAAUCGACAUUUACUUACUUGGCCUUGGGGACCAGUCGGGUCGAAAACGCUGAAGUUACUACGACUUCCGAGGCUACGAAAAUCCAAGAUAAUCAGGGCACCUCCACUAGUAAAAAUGGUUUAUCCGGAAAUGAAGAUACCACGGAGAUGAUAGGCGAAUUUCUGUCCGCUGUACCAUUAGAAUCUGAGACAUCCAGUGUUAUACAAGAAUCCGAAUUGAGCUCUAUAGAUCAAGAAACAAAUGUGACAAUAACUGAUUCGGAGAUUGAUUCAAGUCUUUCCCAGUUAUUGCACACCUUACUGAGCGCUUAUGAAAUGCUUUCGGAAUAUUUUCAUUUAAUUAUUAACGCUGAUCAAGUAGGCUCAGCUACCAAAAUUCAGUUUGAAGAUGGAAAAACAACGGAAUUUACCGAAAGUUUCAAAUCUGAAACUUUAAUUCCAAGCAAACUUAGUUCUGCGGAAUCGACUUUGAGCAAUGCAGCUGUUGAAUUAAUUGCAUCAGAUAACAAACAAAGCCCGAUUUCUGAGCUCGAUGAAACCGCCUCAACGGGAACCCAAGAAUCUGAUGUAAUCAAUAAUGGUCAAGGAACCACCACGUCAAUAAAUGAAGUUAGCAAAACACUUAAAGGUGCAUCUGAUUCACUUACAGAAAUUGAAAUUUUAGACAAAACAGAUAAAUACAUUUCAACUCAAACGGAAUCAACACUAACGGAAAAUGUCACAGAGUUUUCAUACGAUUCCGAACAAGAAAUCGAUUCAAUACUGAUAUCUGCGGAGUUUACAUCUACCACUCCUGAACUGCCAACCACGGAUGUUCAAAAGGAAAGUGAAUUCAAGGUUAAAUAUGAGAGUGAAAUUACAGUAUUAGAAAAGGAAACGUCAACACCAUUUGGACAGACUUUUACAGAAGUUCCAGAUAGUGGUAAAAACCCUAGAGAUAACGUAGGUAUUGCUGUUCAGUCAGAAGCAUCUAUGACAACAAAAAAUUACUCUUCCGUUGAACUAAGUACAUUGACUAAGAGUACUGAUUUGAAAUCGAUUGAUAUUUCUGGAACAGAAGCCAAUGUAGAUUUUGCAAACUCGACACCUGCUGACGUAAACGGUGUUGAUUCUGAGAUAAACGAUCGCGAAAGCCCUGAAAAGCCAAUUGAUAAACAAUCUUCAGUAGCUACCACUGCUCUGCCUACUGAUAAAGUAUUUGAAGUGCAAAAUGAAUCAAGAUUUGCUACUGCGUUUGGUUUUUCGGAAACUAUAUCUACAUCAAACGAGCACAAAACAGCUGGGGAGGAUGUCGCGUCAUCGCAAUCACCGUUUGGUGAACAUGGAGAAUCUAGGGCAAUAUUUAAUCCCACUCAAUCUUUCCUAUCUACAGAAGAAAGUGAAAUCGAUUUUUCCACAAAAGCUACAGAAAUGCUCAUUGCUAAAGACGAAUCUUCAAGUGAAGUUGUAACGCCAACUAGUGAUGUAAUGGCUCCAGAGGAAUUAUUCAAGGAAAUUUCAACCAAGCAUAAUAUUGAAACGACCUCAUCUGACGUAACUGUGGAUUCUGAAACUAGUUUGGAAAAUUCCGAAAUGAUUGACCAGACUGCUAGAAUAAUAUCGACUACUUCCCAGCCCGCCCUGAAAGAAUUCACGGAUUCUUCUGAUUUCAGAGCUGGAAUGACCAAUCUUCCAGCUAAUUCAGAACAGCCUAGUCAUUCUGACACCGUAACCGAAACUCAAAAUGAAAAAACUGCAUUAGGCGUGAUAUCUACAGAAACUGCUAAUGGAGUAGAUAUGACAAGUAUUUUUAUAGAAGGUAGAAGUGAAUUAUCAACCAAACAGUCAGAAACUUGGGAAACUAAAACUACGAAAGAAACUUCUGGAACAACUACGCUAUUUACUGAUGCUAAAACAGCCAAACGGGGAAAUAUUAGUGAAUCUGAAAUACCUACAAAUGAUUUUACAGAUGCGACAAAUUUUGAAGUCAUUUACGGUGAAGAAAAAACUACCAUCUCAGAUGCAGUUUUCGAAACUCAUGAUUCUGAGCCCAGUACUACAGUGGCAUUUGAUAUAAAAGAAGCCGAUCCCUCGACAGUGUCGAUUAAAACAAUGGAUCCUGUGGUAGUGACUGAAAGCAAAGCUAAAAGUGAAGACACAUCCACAAGACAGGACAUCAAACCAGGUGAAUUUAUUUCAGAGGAAGGAAUGAAAAUCACUGUACCUGUCACAAAUGAACCAGUAAAGUCAUUUGAAUUCAAGAACGAUACAACAGUUGAUGAAUUUACAAGUGAAAGAGCUAAUACUGAAGAAAUUACUACCGUUUCAGGAAAUAUAGAAAUUCAACUUACAGGAACUGGUUCAACGUUAGAUUAUUUUGAAAAAGUUGACGAUUUAGAGACUAGAAGUGAGACGUUGACUAUCAAGGACAUAUCGACAGAUAAAAUCAUGCCAACUUCUUCAUUAGUUGGAGUAUCGAAACAAGAGGAAAUAAGCACUCUCUUAUCAGGAACUAAAUUUGAAGGAUCAACUACAAACUUUGAAAACAAACAAGCGGAAUCUGAAAUCAUAUCUAGUGAAGAUUUGAGUGGUUUGAUCACAACAAUUGCCGAUACAGUUGAAUCUGAUAUCACCGUAACACCAGUCUCCCACACAGUCGAGGUUGAUAUUAAAACAGCUUCUUUGUCUCAAAUAACUGGACCACAUGGAGUUAUCUCUAAUGAACAAAAUCAAACGACUAAAACGACGGAAAAUACUAAUAGGGAAAUAUUUGAAAUCUAUUCCACUGAAUCAGGUGUUGUCCCAAUAUCUAGUACUGUUAAAGUAGAUGAGAAGCCAAGUGAAAUAUCCGGAUCCAUGGAAUCCGCAACUACCGUGAUGAGUGAAAGAAAAUCCGAUGGUGAGGCCUCUAAUGUGUUAAUUGAAGGAACAGUAGUGGUUCCAUCAAAUAUUUCUUUGGUAGAAGAGACGAAUUCUGCUGACAAAAAAACUGAUGAAACGGCAAAUAUAUUAACAACAGAGUCUCAAGUUGCUGAUGAAAAAAUGACCGCAUCGGAAUCACCAGGGGUCACUUCUAGUGAUUCUAGUGCAACGUUUUCAUCCACUAUUGUAUCUGUUGAAGCAGAAGGAAGUGAAUUAAUUUUCAACGAUAACGAAAAUGAAACAAAGCUGGAGGAAGCGACUGAAUUCGAUCAAUUUCAUUCAACUACUGCUUCACAUAAUAUAAACAGUAGUACAACAUUGGCAUCAAUCACUGAUAUAUCAGCUAUUCUAAAUUCAGAAACCGGUAUCAUUAGCGACGAAUCGGAUGCCCUUAAAGCGUCAGUCGAGAGGUCAAAAUGGACCACUUUUUCAACCAGAGAUCAAACGUCUUCUAUAGCUGAUAUUUUCAAACAAAUAUUAUUUAACGCCACUGAAUCAACACCACUGUUGACUGACAUAUCAAACCCUGACAAUCUGGAGAAGAGCACCAAGGGAGCUGACACUGAUUAUAAUGAGAAUUUAGGAGAUAUUAGUUCAACAAUGACGACGGCAGUAUUUAAAGAUUUUUCGGUUUCCGGUGAAGAAUUUAAAGUUACUGAGGCGAACAAUAAUGUCACUUUAGAGACAAUAGUCCAACAAUUAACAACGAAACCUAUAAAAUCUGAAAGCGAAUUGAUUUCACCUUCGGAAGCUGACAUAAUAAUUCCUACUUCUAUCCCAAUUACUCCAAGCAUGUCAGAAGGAACUGAAGAAUCGGUGGAGAGUACUGCCACAGAACAGGACUCAAAAUCUGAAAUUGUCACUUCACCCGUCGACUUGACAGAACAAUCUUCGGAUAUCCCUACAUUUAGUUCCAAAAAAGACGUAAAAGAUACCACACAGUUAAUUGAAAUAUGUAAAAAGGUGAAAAUUGUGGAAUCCAGUGAUUCAGACUCGGUUUUUGAAACCGAGUACAUGACAACCGAUCCGAAUUCUACCGAAGGGACUGCAGCAAUUCCAGAAAAUAUCAAAAUUCCUACAACGGAAAUUUUAGAUUCUAGUACUUUCAAUAUAGAAGAUGCGAGUAAAUUAUCUUCAUUAUCUGCUGAAUCAGCAAAACCAUACGAGGAAUCUUUCGUAUCGGUAGGUACGGAUGAUAUUCCAUCAAUGAUUAUUGUAUCAGAAGAGUCUUUCUCAACUACAACGUCCACUGUCUCUAUAACAGCGGACGAAUCUACUGUUUAUACUGAAAGAUCCAAAUUCACGAUUAUUGGUGACAAAACAGUAGAAACAAGGGAGCCUAAAUCAGACGAAAAUACUCAUUUAACUACAGAAACAGAUACGACAAUUGAAAAUCAAAAAUUUCUAACUGAAUCCACUAAAAUCACAACUGAAAACAUAUCAUCCAUCGAAACCGGUGAAAUCGAAUUGAGACCGACUUCUGAAUCAAAAUUGACUGCUUUUGAAAGUACUCAAGAGGCUUCUCGAAAUGGGAAAGAUAUUGAAACCUCAACCGCGGAGGUCGCAGUCCUAACAACAAGUACUGGUGAGAGUAGAUAUGAGCAAAGCACAUCAACUGAAGCCAUCUCCACAAAGGAUGAUUUGAAUACUGUAUUUUCUGGUGACCGAGAUGGAAUAUUCACGGUGACCGUUAAAACUGAGCAUGAAACCGAUAGCACAUUUAUCUUAGAAAAUGGAAUAACUGGGAUAAAAUCCUCUGUUGAACCAGUCACUGAAGUGGAAUCGUCCUCUGAGUCUACGGAUGAUAAAGAUUCAAGUUUUGUCUUUUCAAUUAGCACGUCUGCUUCAGCAAAUGUAAAUGGAACGGUGGAGACAAUAACUGAUUCUGAUCUAGCUAUUUCUAGCCAAACGAGUGGAUCUGGUGGUGUCGAUGAUGCACCAGGAAGUACAUAUUCAAGCAUAGAUUCAAUUGAUAACGCAAAUGAAGAGGAGAGUAGGACAAUAUCAGAUUCCACUAUUUCAACUCAGAGUUCAACACUGUUUGAGGAAAGUGAAGGCACAAAUUCCACUACUGACAUGGUGAUUGCAAAUUCAAAAGUGACUGAAAUCGAAGUUACUGCACCUGCUGAGAACAGUGCUUUGAUUGAAUUGGGGAGCACUCCCGAAGUGGAUGUCAUAGCUCUCAGUUCUGAUGAGAAAUCUACGAAACUAGAGAGCAGUAAUAUUGAAAAUAGUGUGACAUUAACUAAUGAAACCGAAGCCACCUCUGAAAGUCUCAGUGAGUUGGCACGUACUCAAGCCGAUGAUAUAUUCACAAGCUUCAGCCUAACUAUGACCUCCACUACAACCGCUGUACCUGAAGUAAGUUUGAAGGCCAUUUCAACGGUAGGAAAAUUGGCUUCAGCGGAAACGAAUGGCGAGACUGUAUCAACUAACAUACUCGAAAAAUCAGAAAACAGAACUGAUGAGAUUGAGAAUGAGUUAUUUUCAUCUUCCGUUCCUGAAACUGCAAAAGAAAACCUCGGCGAAACAAGUACUGAAGAUUUUGGAUCUAAAUUGACGGAAUCUGUAGCAACUGAAUCAGGACUGGUUUUGACUUCAUCAAUUUUAUAUAAAUCAUCCGGAUCUACAGAAUUUGAAUUAAGCAGUAGUGAAACCACAAAUUCAAAUUAUAUCACACAAAAUACUGAUUUAACACAAGAAGUGGGAACUGAUACGACCGAAGAAAAUGUUGAAUCUCCGAUAAAGAAUGAAGAUGUAGAACUGAACUCGGAAAUAAAUGAAACCUCGGUAAUAACGGAACGAGUGGAGAUUGUGAGCGAUAAGGUGGUAUCAGCUACUACAGAGGAAAAGCUGCCAACCAAUGGAGAUGAACUUAAAAGCGAAUUCACUUUGACAUCUGAGUCUUCAACUUCAAGUGAAAUGACUACAGAAGAUUUGAGAGCUAAAUCUUCAGAAAUAAUUUCAACUAAAUCAGAAAUCGAUGCAACCUCAUCACCCUUAAUAGGGGGCACAAAUGGGGUUUCGGUACCCAUGGAAGAAGAAGAGACCAAUGAAAAAAUCAUAGUUUCGAUUAAUAGCACUGAAUUAAUAUCAGAAAUGAAAGAUGGCAUCACCACGGAGAAUUCAGAAUUUCCGAAAAUAAUCUUUACUCUAAAUCGCACUUCUAUGGAACCAAGUACGAUGGUUGGAACAGAAGAAAAUUUGGGUAGUCAGUCUUUUACUCCCGAAAUAUUUUCAACAACGGCUGUUACGACUGAAACUAAUGAGACUGUUUCGGAAGAAGGAGAAAAGUUAACGGAAUUAAACACAUUUAUGGAAAUGUGGAAUACGUCAACAAUUUCCACCUCUAAAACAGAAGGACUUCCUUCAGAAAGUAGCGAAAUUAGCAAAGAAGAUAUAAGUGCAGUCAGUUCGUUUCAAACUUUUAACUCAUUCGAAACAGAUAUUUCACCAAUUACAAAAACCUCCGAAUUUCCAAUUAUUACUUCAUUGAAAAUGGAUGAAAUAGUUGAAUCUAUUAGGAGUAGCACAGAGUCUAAUUCUGAAGCAAGAAUAUCAAGUUUGGAAACUGAGUAUUUCUCUGAUAGUAUCGACCUGAGUUCUGCAUUCUCAAGUUUUCCUGCAUCUUCAGAGAAAGUAACCAAAAGUGGAAUGAGCUCUGCAGAAAAAGACAUGUCCUCUGAAACAACUGACGCAGAAUCAAAAAUUUCAGAUUCGAAUUUCAUAUCCAGUGAGCAUGAAAGCACAAGUUUGGUUCAUGAAAAACAGGACACUUCAGAUAUCUCGGUCACAACUUCAUUUCUUCCUAAUGCUGCUAAAACGGAGAAUCUUGAGUAUGCAGAACAGAGCACGAUUAAUGAAUUUGAAAGCACUGAGUUAAGCGCUGAACUUAACGAGACUGAAGAUGCAAAGGCGGUAGAUGAAAAUCUAGACAGUAAUGAAAGUUUGGGAUCAAGUUCAACCACUUCUGAAGAUGGAAUGGAAUCUUCUCAAGAAGAAGUUGAAACCAGUGAAAAUAGUUACACUAAAAUCACAUGGAAAGCAUCUUCUGAAGGUGAGAAAACGAUAGUAACAGAAAAGAUGGAAGAGUACAUCAGUACUGAAGCUAUUGAUGUUGGAAACGAAACAACGAUAAAAGGGGUUGAAGAUUUAACCUUUGCAUCUAAAACUGAAAGCGUCCAUGAAAGCUCUGGAUCAAGUCCAGCAGCCUUUAAUACUGAGAAGACGUCCACAGCAUAUCGUAUCACUGAGGAAUCGACUUAUUUGGAGGGUGUUAGAUCCAGUGAUUCAAGUUCCACCGAAGAAACUGAUGAAGCAAUGUUGCAAUCUAUUGCUACCAACGCGGAGCAGUUUGCAACAAUAGAAAUUAUAAAUGUUACCACAGAUUUCACACCUUUUGAUCCUGGCGAAACGAUAACUGCUGAAUCAAUAGUUGUCAAUGAAUCUGAAGUAGAAUCUGAACCAGUGGCCGCAGAGAUUACUGAAAACACACUUUCACCCACUGAUUUAGGUGAAGAAAAAAUUUUGUCUUCUUUCCAAACCGACUCAGCUUCAGAGAAAUUGUCUUCCACUUCCCCAACAUCUACUCCGGUAUCCAACUGCGACCCGAUGAUUAUCUCUUUUUGCCAGAUGCUUUCUCGAAGUAUCGUCGAUUCAGGACUGCAGAAUACCGAUACGACCACUACCGCUACUGAAAUAAUCACAACGACAGAAGAACCAACAACUACCCCCAGUCCUCUCGCUGAUGAUGAAUAUCCGUCAACUGCCCAAAUUGCGUCAGAAAAUGACACUUCAACUUUGUCUACAAUUAUAUCAUAUACGAGUGAUACUAUCAGCCAAGCAGAACAUGGAUAUUUAAUUCCAAUUGUAGAUCUCUCAGAUAUGUCAGUUAAAAUCCUUAAUACCGAAGAGAACCGAAUAGUUGAAGAAGCCUGGAUAAGCAAUGGCUAUAUUCAAUUUGAGAAUGGGUCAUCCCUUCCAAUUCGAGAUGUCCAAGGCAUUUCACCCCCAGAUAAAGCCGCUAAUAAUGUUCGCAUUUCGAUAAACUUAGAUGACGGAACGACGAGUUUGGUUAAUUUGGAAACAGGGACUGUUAUCAUGUCCCAGAAAUCCUCGCAGGGAAUUCCUCCAGAAAUAAUGAGAAACUAUAGUGAAGGCGCACUCUUAGAAAUUUUGUCCGGGAAUAUGGCAAUCCAGGUGGACACGUUUCAUGGAGAAUUUACAGUUCAGAAUGCCAUUUCGGCUGAAAUACAGUUGGUUCAAGAGAUAAUAGACAGUAUAAUCUAUUUAGCCAACGGUGAUGAAAUUCGACUGCCUACCACAGGUAAUGACUAUGAGGCUCUAUCAAUUGAUGCUCUCAGUGGAAUAGUUCGAACUAUAAAUAAAGAAACUGGAGAAGUCAAAACAAUUCUAACAACUACCCUAGAACCUGAAAUUAUAACUGAUGUUGCUGCACAGGAGACGAGCGAAGAAACCAUCACUCUAACAACAGUAGAAUCAACUCCCGAGAAUGAAAUUACUACAGAAAUGGAAGUCACUAAAAGCCCAGAGGUCUCAGAUACCAGUGAUGUUACGACUGGUGAAUCUUCCUCUGCUCUCUCAUCGGAAGAAAUUUUCACAGAAACCAUGUCCUCUGAAAUGAACGUAACAGCUCAUCCUGGAACUGAACCGUUAACAGAAUCGAAUGAUGAUCAAUCUGAUCCUUCAAAGGAGAGUUCGACGUCUACAACGCCUGAGGCUAUACAAACCCCGGUAACGAGUCAAGAUCAUGGAGAGUUUAUUACUGAAACUUCGGAAGUAACUACACAUACUUCAAAUGAUAAAAAUGACACCACUGAAAACGUGACUUUUAGUGAGGACCAAGAUAUUUCUUCAACUGAAAUGCCAACAACCACGAAUGACUUCACCACAGGUAUUUCAGAAGGCGAAACAGACAUCAUUGAAUCUGCGGGAUCUGAGACUACGUCUGUUACUUUCAGUGAUCAAGAGGAAACAGCAACUCUACAGGUUAAAACAUCUGAUGUUUCUUCCGAUUCUCAAAUGACCGUUGACUCAUCUGAAGUUACACCAAAUCCACUUACUAAACAAACAGAUAGCGAAGUUCCUACAGAUGCGGAAGAAGUCAGUGAACCCGAAGACUCGGAGUGGACUGAAUUCCCCGAAGUUCCAAAUGCUACUUCAACGUUAAAACCGGAUUGUUAUUGCCUUGAGAAGAUACUGACUCCUGACCUUGUCGAAAAACUUCGUGAAAAUAAAGCUGCGGAUCUUGACACAAAAUUACUAUUGAAUCUCUGCCUUACUUUCAGGACAAAAUAUACGAUGAAUUAUUUAGGACACCGUCAUUUCUCCAAGUCGUGCGAGAUAUUAUUGACGAAUACUUUGAGCGGCCGUUUCUUGAAUGUUCGGUUGCAGGAAAUUAUGGAGCUUUACAAACCUAAAUGCGACUGUCCGGUCAACAACGGCUGCUCUUGUCCAAGCCCAGAAACACCACCGGCAUACAAUGUCAGCUCUUCUUCAAAGCACAUUCUUGGUGCCCUUAAGGAUAUGUCUAAUGGGGCAAUCAUCAUGAGCAAUAAGACCACACUAACGAAAAUUGCCAGCGGUCUUGCUCUUGGAAGCAUGGUCUACUUAAAUACGGAGAAUAUGUUCUAUCUCAAAGUUGAUGAAAAAGAGAACAUCUGGCGAACCAUUGAUAUGGCAAGUUUUCGGCCAUGUUCAAAGAAACCAAAUACACAAAGCGAAUCAGUUCAUAUUCCCGAACCUGCAACGACAACCACAACCACUGUAAAGCCAACUUUGUCAGAAAAUCUUAUCGGAAGGAGUCUAAUACUGGUUGGCCAUAAUGAGCCACUAAACGGACAGCUUCGAUUUGGUGCAAAAUUAAGUGGAGGACAUUCAAGUGCCAUUUUCGCAUGUCAGCGAGCUGCCAAGCGCUACAAUGUCUCUCACAUAUUCUACCCUCUCAUGAACACUGAUAUGUUCAGCAUGGACUAUGUCGUACCACCAAUGUACAGAUAUGAUAUGCCCAUCGUUAACAUUAGGGGCGAUGUUAUAUUCGAUGAUUUCAUGCACAUGAUCAAUGCCCAGCAGGCCCCAAUGGCCUCUAUUUACACAUUUGAUGGAAAGGAAUUGGAUUCUGAUCCUACUGUGCCUUGUGCUUGGAUAGGAGCAAAGCCGGUUUAUUUGAAUGGUGAUUAUGAAUUUGCCGCACGGGCGAAAUGUCGUAACUGGCAGUCUCGAGAGCCUACAGAAACGGGACUAGCUGUUCAUAUACCAAUGAACAACAAUGCGAACGCCUUUUUUGACCAAUCAAAUCUCUACAAUGAGUCGUGCGCUAAACGGUGCAGCGGAGAUGAUUGUGUUUUAACAUUCAUAUUUCGUUAG